AUGAAUACUGCAUUACCUUCUAUUCAAUUAUCUGUUGAUUACACUUCUUUAACAGAUGAAAUCAAUGAUUUUCUAUUGCAUUUUAAAGAAGAUGCUCUGGAUAAAGUUAAUGAGAAUGUGGGAUCUGAUGAAAUUGACGAGGAAUCAUUUAAAGGUCCAAAAUAUCUAGGUUUAUUGCAAAAAGUGGCCAAUAGAGAACUAGAUACCGUCACUGUAGAAUUGGACGAUAUUUUCAAAUAUCAAUCUGAAAAAUUUUUGGAAGGUGGAAGAUCAAAUUCUGAUUUAUUGGUUGCUAUUGAAAAUAAUACAAAUCAUUUUACGGAAUUGUUUUGUAGAUCAAUUGACAAUAUCAUGCCUUUACCCACAAAAGAAAUGAAUUACAAGGAUGAUGUUUUGGAUGUCAUAUUGAAUCAAAGAAGACUGAGAAACGAAAGAUUAGUCUCUGAUAGAACAAAUGAAAUUAGAUCCGAAAAUUUAGUUGAUUCGGAUAAUAAUAAUACUUCGCUUUCACAGGCUUUAAGAGAUGUCGCAUCUUCCGAAACAGAUUUAUUUCCUCCUGAAUUGACAAGACGUUAUUUUUUCUAUUUUAAACCUCUAUCAUUAAACAAUGCUGCACGCAGAAGAAAUGCAAAAUCUCCAAGCGCCAUCCCAAUGUCAGUUAGACAAAUUAAAGGUGGAUCUCUAGGUAAAUUUAUCACUGUUAGAGGUAUAAUAACAAGAGUUUCAGAUGUGAAACCAUCUGUAAUGGUUAUUGCAUAUACAUGUGACACAUGUGGUUAUGAAGUUUUCCAAGAGGUUCACUCGAAAACUUUUUCCCCAUUAAGUGAAUGUUCUUCAAGGGAAUGUCAACAAAAUCAAGCUAAAGGUCAAUUAUUUAUGAGCACAAGAGCUUCAAAGUUUAGUGCCUUCCAAGAAUGUAAAAUUCAAGAAUUAUCUCAACAAGUGCCGGUCGGUCAUAUUCCAAGAACAUUAACGAUCCAUAUCAACGGCUCACUAGUGAGAUCUGUGACAGCUGGUGAUAUCGUAGAUAUUUCCGGUAUAUUUUUACCAUCUCCUUACACUGGUUUCAAAGCAUUAAAAGCUGGUUUAUUAACCGAAACUUAUUUAGAAGCACAAUAUGUUAAACAACAUAAAAAGAAAUUCUCUAAUUUUACAUUAUCAACAGAUAUAGAAGAACGUAUUGAAAAAAUUACAAGAUCUGGAAACGUUUAUGAAAACUUAGCUAAAUCAAUUGCUCCUGAAAUUUUCGGUAACUUAGAUGUUAAAAAAGCUUUAUUGUUACUACUAGUUGGUGGUGUUUACAAACAAGUUGGUGAUGGUAUGAAAAUUAGAGGUGAUAUUAAUGUUUGUUUAAUGGGUGAUCCAGGUGUUGCGAAAUCACAAUUAUUAAAAGCUAUUUUAAAAAUUACUCCAAGAGGUAUUUACACAACAGGUAAAGGUUCUUCAGGUGUUGGUUUAACAGCUGCCGUUAUGAAAGACCCUGUCACAGAUGAAAUGAUUUUGGAAGGUGGUGCCUUGGUAUUAGCUGAUAAUGGUAUUUGUUGUAUUGAUGAAUUUGAUAAAAUGGAUGAAAACGAUAGAACUGCUAUUCAUGAAGUGAUGGAGCAACAAACCAUUUCUAUUUCUAAAGCUGGUAUCAACACUACAUUGAAUGCUAGAACAUCAAUUUUAGCAGCCGCAAAUCCCUUAUACGGUAGAUAUAAUCCGAGAUUAUCCCCAUUAGAAAAUAUUAACUUACCUGCUGCUUUACUAUCGAGAUUUGAUAUCUUAUUUUUGAUGUUAGAUAUUCCAAACAAAGAUGAUGAUGCCAAACUAGCUGAACAUGUCGCCUACGUUCAUAUGCAUAACAAACAACCAACAUUAGAUUUUGAACCAAUAGAUUCUGAUUCUAUGAGAGAAUUUAUUGCAUUAGCAAAGACCAAAAGACCUGUUAUGAGUGCCGAAGUCAAUGAGUAUGUUAUUAAUGCUUAUAUUAAUCUAAGACAAGAUUCAAAGAGAGAGAUGGACUCCAAGUUUUCUUUUGGUCAAGCAACUCCUAGAACUCUACUGGCUAUAAUCAGAUUAUCUCAAGCAUUAGCAAAAUUAAGACUAGCUGACACGGUUGAUGUGGAAGAUAUUGAAGAAGCUUUAAGAUUAAUCAGAGUCUCCAAAGAAUCCUUAUAUAGUGAAGUCAACGGUAAGAAGGAUGAUGAAAGUCCAACCACUAAGAUUUUUACAGUUAUUAAGAAGAUGGCUCUUGAAGACAGUAAAGAAGUUAAAUCAUUAUCAUACGAGGCUGUUGUUAAAUCAAUAAGAGCCAGAGGUUUCACCAUGUUACAAUUAAAUAACUGUAUUCAAGAAUAUACUUACUUAAACGUAUGGCAUUUGAUUAAUGAAGGUACAAUAUUGAAAUUUGUCGAUGAUGAAUACCUAGAACCACAACAAGAAGUAUCUUCAAAUUCAUCCUCAUUCAAGGGAUUAUCUGCUGAAGAGAGAGAUGUGAUAAUGGAAGAUUAG